AGACGUAAAGCAAAACGUCUUUGGAAGAACGAUCCGCCAGCAGAAGUAUUUGGAGAGCCGAAGUAGCAAAUUACCACUGAUACUGACUUGCUAACUAACUGGUUUUGUACUUCACGUGAUUUUAAUCGUAAAGCAUCGCGCAAGGUUUUAACAAUUCGUAAAGUUUUUUGCUUCAGUUCUGUUGUAUCUACUCAGAAACGAAUCGAUUUUCAAGUACUUAUUGAUUGGUUUUCGCAUUCGCGCCAUUUUUUGGACAUUUUUCUCCUAACGCUUUUUGAUCGAUAUUGUGUUGAGUUUUUUCGAGUUUUUUUUUGACUGUCGAAAAUUUUGUCGCGAUGAGGGACAUUUUCAAAGUUUUCGCCGGUUUUACCGACCGGUCGAGUAGACGCGGUAGGCAAAUUUAUAAUUUGGUGAAUACUCACGAACCUCCCAUCGAUCCGAACAACCCUUAUAGUAACAGCACUACUACUACCAUCGGAGCUAAUAAUACAUCCAGGGAAGCUAAUCCUAAUAGCGAAAGCUUGAGCGCUUCGGCAGUCAUCGAUCGAAUAUUAUUCCGAGGAAAAUUAUCGCAGCAAGAGAACAAAAAUAAAUGUGUUUUGCUGACGAUGUUCAUCGGUUUAUUGUCGAUAUCGCUAGGCACGUUACUGAUGGUAUUUAGCCCGUACGAUAUUAUUUUUCCAAUGAAAACGACGUUUUCGGAAGGCAGCGAAGGAUUCGAGUUAUGGCGUAAACCUCCAGUCGAAGUUCUGCUUAAAGUCUACUUGUACAACAUCACCAACAAGGACGAAUUUCUAAGUGGAAAGGAGAAACUGAAGGUGGAGCAAGUUGGACCAUACGUUUACCGGGAAAUCGGAGAGCACGCUGAUAUCGAGUUCAAUGACAACGGUACCGUUUCCGCAGUACCCAAGUAUCCUUUAGAAUGGGUACCAGAACUGAGUGUCGGAACUGAAGAAGAUAAACUCAUGUUACCUAAUGUUGCUCUACUGAGUUUCGCGAACGUUAUCUCGAAACAGAGUGCCAUCACAAGAUGGGGAGUAAACCUAUUGAUAAGUCAAACUAAUUCUCAUCCUAUUGUCGAACAGACUGCUAAGGAGUUCAUGUUCGGUUACGAAAGUGCUCUCGUCACUUUAGGAAAUCAAUUUAUGCCUAGUUGGAUUAAAUUUGAUAAACUCGGAUUAAUCGAUAGAAUGUACGACUUUAACGGCGACGUUGAAACGACCUAUACUGGAGAAAAAGAUCUGCAUUUAUCUGGAAUCCUAGCAACGUACAAUCGAUCGCCAACCCUGCCUCAAUGGGAAGCACCUUGUAACAAGGUGGAGGGAUCAUCCGAUGGUACCAAGUUCCCAACAAAUAUUAAACCAAACGAAACACUGUGGUUCUUCCGUAAAUCCAUGUGUCGAGCUGUGCCCAUGGUUCCAACCGGUGCAACGACCACUCACGAUGGUAUACCGACGGCACGCUACAGGUUCAAAGAGGAUGCCCUUGAUAAUGGAGAAAGCAACGAAGAGAAUAAAUGUUUCUGUUCCAAUGGUCAGUGUUUACGAAACGGUUUGAUAGACGUUACCCACUGUUAUUACGGUUUUCCAAUCGCCUUAUCAUAUCCACACUUCUACAUGGCUGAUCCAACUCUACGUGAAGAAGUCGAUGGUUGUACACCGGACCCAGAAUCGCACGAAACGUAUUUCUAUGUCAAUCCUCAAACUGGAUCACCAACCAAAGUAUCCGUUAAAAUGCAAAUCAAUAUCGCUUUGCAAGACGUCAGUUCGAUGUUACAUUGCGAAAGGUUUUCCAAUCUUGUAGUUCCUAUGCUAUGGACAGAUAUCACUUUGCAAGAAUUAAGUUUUCAAAUCAAACUGAAAUUAUUCUUAUUGCUGAGGGUAUUACCGGUGCUCGAAACUGUAGGAGUGUAUUUAUUAUUAAUCGGCGGCGUUUCGUUUAUCGCUUUAAGUAUUUGCGCUUUGAUUUUUAUCACCGAUGUAAAAAACCAAACGCAGAAAAAAGUUCAAAAACCUAAAAAACCGUCGUGGAAUAAUAACGCAGUUAAAAAACAAGAAUAUAAAGUAGACGCCGAGAAAUCGUCGCAAGAUGUCAAAAAUAAAGAAAUGGACGUAUACUUUUGUUCGCUUCUGUCUCCGAAUGGAGAAGACAACGAAGAUAUAAAGGUUCCUCUGACCUCAUCGACAGACUGAUUUUUAAAUAGUUAAUUUAAUGUGCUCAAAAAAUAAUUUUGUUUCUCUCAAUGUGAUGCAUCCUCCUCGGUGUUUAGGCUAGCGCUGUACGCGAUUGAUAGACUUGUUAGCGUAAGUUUGUUAUUUACUUGUAAAAAAUUGUAUCGCUGAUCGAUUAUUUAUUUAAACAUUUUAAGUAAUUUAUGAAUUUGCGCUUUGUAAACAUUCGCGUAGUUUUAUAAUUUUAUUUAGAUGACUAUUUAGAACCGAUAAGCGCUCUUAGAGCGUUACCCAGUCGAUUACCCGUCGGCCAAAAUAUUGGUGUUAGGAUGUGGCGUAAAAAUAAUAGUAAAAAAAAAAAUUUAAAGAAAAAAAAUUACGCUGCGUACUUAUACUUACGCGUAAAUGAAAUAGUUUUAUUGCAAUGGUAAUAUUUAAUGUUUAUAAGGCGAACUAGUCAGUAAUGUACCAUUCCUUAUCGUUUUAAUCGUUUAAUGUUUUACAUUUUGUGAACCAUUUUACUUGUAAUGUGAAAUUCACUGUUUAUUUCUAUCGUUUCUUCGUCAUGUAUUUGUCGCGUUAUUUGUGUACAUUUUACGAAUUUCGUUUACUAUUUUUAAGUGUAUUGUGUUCCUUUUAUUGUUUUUAUAUCAAUAAGAUUUUGUACUUAAAAAAAUAUUUCUCUCAUUGUAAAUGUACCUAUGUAUUUGUACUCCCCAAUAAAAAUCGUCGAAAUUAA